AUGGACGCCCAUCUCAAGAAGAGGAUCCACCCCCACCACUGCGUGCCCGUGUCCCGCUCCGAGACACCCGCCGGCGAAAAGGCCAAGAAAUGCGCCAGCACCAUCUUCAACGUCCCGGCCAAGGGCCGGCAGGCCCGUGCCCAAGCUUUUCACCCCCUCACCAUCCGCGGCGUGACGAUGCAGAACCGCAUCUGGGUGAGCCCCAUGUGCCAGUACAGCGCCCACGAGGGCUUCCACAACCUGUGGCACACCACGCAUUACGGCGGAAUGGCCCAGCGCGGCCCCGGCCUCGUCAUGCUCGAAGCCACCGCCGUCCAAGCCAACGGCCGCAUCACCCCCGAAGACUCCGGCAUCUGGCUCGACGCCCACGUCGACGAGCUGCGCAAGCACACCCAGUUCGCCCACAGCCAAAACGCCCUCAUCGCCAUCCAGCUCGCCCACGCCGGCCGCAAGGCCUCCACCGUCGCCCCUUGGCUCAGCUCCGCCGCCGUCGCCACCCACGAGGCCGGCGGCUGGCCCGACAACGUCUACGGCCCGUCCGACGUGCCCUUUGGCGAAAACUACCCCACCCCGCGCGCCAUGACCCUCGCCGAGAUCGACCAGCUCAAGGAGGAUUUCGUCCUUGGCGCCCGCCGCGCCGUCGCUGCCGGUUUUGAUGUUGUCGAGCUCCACUUUGCCCACGGCUACCUCGUCUUUGAGAACCGCACGCGGCUUGCCCUCGAGCUCGUGGAGGCCGUCCGCGCCGCGUUGCCCGAGGAAACGCCCCUUUUCGUCCGUAUCAGCGCGACCGAGUGGCUUGAUACGAACCCGGACUAUCAGGGCGAGAGCUGGACCCUCGAUGACACCGUACGGCUUGCGCACCUCUUUGCCGAGCGCGGCGUCAAGGGCGGACCCGGCUACCAGGCCCCCUUCGCCAAGGCCAUCAAGCGCGCCGUCGGUGACAAGCUGCUCGUCAGCACAGUCGGCAGCAUCAAGGACGGCGUGCUGGCCGAGGAGCUCAUCAGCGGCGGUAAGGAUGAGAAUGAUACCCCGGUUGAUCUCGUCGCCGCCGGCCGCAUGUUCCAGAAGAACCCUGGUCUCGUCUGGCAGUGGGCCGACGAUCUCGGUACCUCCAUCCAGGUCGCCCACCAGAUCGGCUGGGGAUUCGGCGGAAGGGGUGGAAAGACCAAGACCCCCGUAUCUAACAUUCCCUAG